AUGGUCAAAGUCACACUAUCAAAGUUCCUGAGGGACCAGAGCUUCAAGGGAAGAUUUGCACACCACUAUGGAUAUAACUCGGAGUAUUUCGAUGUUCUAUGCAAGUAUAAGGACGAUUGGCUGGAUAAAUUGUUUUUUGUCAAUGAACAAAUGGCUAAGAAAUACGUCGAGCUUGCUAAACCAAUUGUCACUAUAAUGGAGGAAGAAUUGAACCUUGCAGAGCUUUCUGUUACAGAAAUGACUCUGGAUGAUAUUCAAUUGCUAUUUACCAAUGAUAUUCCGAUGAAGAUCACAUAUGGAAAGGAGACUCAUGAGGUCAAUUUAACAACCAUGGAUAACACCGUGGAUUUGACGAAAUUAGUUAAAAGAAAUGCUUUGAUAUUAAGUCCGGGCGGACAUAUAACUAGUUUGAAAUGGCUUCCCCAAGUACUUAAACAGGAUACUCCUAAAGUAAACUAUUUGGCAGUAUCUAUAAUCAACAACCCCAAUGGUGUAGGUGACAGCAUCCUAAAUCCAGAACUAAGCAUGUACGAUGGGAAUACCACCGAUCAUAAAAUCAAUUCCGCCAUACAGAUAUGGAAACACGAUUUAAACACCAAUGAAUUAACUUUAGAACAUAUGUUGGUAACUACUAACCUUGGGGCAACUUGUGACUUGACUUGGUGCCCAAUGUACCUUGAAGAAGGGAACGUUUUGGGAGUACUAGCUGCAAGUUUCACGGAUGGGAAACUUCAUUUAUUUAGAAUCACCAAGAACUUACCACAGUAUGCUAAAGUAGACCAGACAUCUUUGCUGUAUGUCUCGCAGCAGUCAUCAGAGCCUCAGAAAUCAGAUCCUUGUACUAAUAUAAUUUCAUUUGAAUUCUUGGGUAUUGACAAAAUUCUAGUGGGGACAACCGAUGGUUCCAUUGCCGAAUAUAUCCUUCCAUUUAAGCGACAGGAAGAAAACAUAGAUGACAUUUCCAUACCUUCAUACAAGACGAAAAUAUCGGAUGAGCCAAUCACCAGUAUCGUCGCCGCUGAAUAUGGCACUGGGGAAUAUAUUAUCUUAAUAAACACCAUAUCUCCUAUAGUAUUUAGCUAUGACUACAACAACUACAUUCAGGAUUUCCACACACCAAUAUCUAGAAGUACCCUCCCACCCAGCUAUAAUCACGUUCUUCGUACUUUCACAGUUACUCCAACUGUAGAUAGUGUGGGCUACAUUUUUCUUCGCAGUCCACAAGAAACGAUGCAUUCAUUAUUGAAACUAGACUCAUAUUUGACAUCAAAUCAUGCGUCCGAGAUCUUAGGACACCCAUUGAAUCUUUCCGGAACAAUGUCGGGACAAAUAAUCGUGUUGAAUUAUAGCCGGAAAAUUCUCAAUGGGCAGAAGACAACUAAUAGGGUACUUGUUCCAUUACAAUUAUGGAAAUUCGAUGAAGAUGAAGACAAACCAGGAACAGUGGUUUUACAGGCGGAUUUUGGAAGGAUGGUCGUGGAUACACCGGUAGAGAUGUCUAUUAUGCCACCAGAAUUGGCGAUUUCAGCUUUGGCUUGGAAUGAAAACGUUCAUGGAAGUUCAAUCUAUGCUGCAGGGACAGUGUCUGGAGUUUUAAUUAUUGAGAGAUUAGAUCCAAAAUACAGAAAGUAG